CCUGGUUUUACCGGCUGGAAUGCCGAGAUUUACCCGUCAGUCCAGUCCCUCUUGGCAAAGGCUUCCGUCUUCAGCGACAAGUCGAUUCACGUAACACGACGAGAAGAUGCACGUGUAUGCGCCAUUACAUGAGAUGAGCUGCAUGAUGACAAAUGUCAGUGAUCCAGCAAAACACACAGCCAGUUGGCCAACAAAACCUUUGUAAUCAGACGUCUAUCUUUGGAACCUACCAUUCUUUCUUCUUUGAGGAAUCCGAAAUUAUCACGUGAUCUUGGGCAACGACGCGCAACUACCGCGUGCUAUCGAUAACAGCAGACAACGAAGCGCAUCAACACCACCAGGGGACCCAGACUGUAUUACCACGUCCAGACCUGCCCUCCAUUCUCCAUGUAGCCCAGCAUGGCGAACCCGGCUCCUCCACCCACUCUGCCCGACCUCAAGAACAUCCCGCACGCCCACCGUCUCCCAACCACGCACCGCGACGUCGUCCGCACCUUUUCCAAGCUCUCGCGCCAAUCCCUCAUCUCCCUGGCCCAGCAAUGGCUCGCGAAGAAGAACCGCGAUUUCUGCCGCCCCUACUUCGCCGGCGACGAUCCCAGCAUCGAGAACGAUGUCGAUGAGACGUACGCCCCCGCGCAUAGCUACGACGAGCUCCAGGAGACAUACAAGGUGCUGACGGCGCGCAAGGGCGGCCGAAAGGAAGUCAUGGAUCGGAUUCUCGAGGGAGAUUGGCGCUCAGGUAUAUCAAUGUACCAGCUCGCAACCGCGGAGAUCCAGCAUCUUCUCGACCAUCCGACGAUCCUGCGCUGGACCGCCAAACGCAUGACGCGCGUACAGAAUUCGCGAACCGCCAAAGACAAUAUUGACGAAGUGACCAACGAGUCCGAACACCUCCCCCGCUUCCAGGCCCAGACCUUCCUCAUGAAUCUAGCUCGAGAGCUGACCCCGGUCCUAAAAGCCCACUACCUCAUAACGCGCAUCAAAACGCUCCCCCUGACCAUUCUCCGCGUCUACAUCCACGACUCCCCUUACAGCUCCGAAGCCUCGCUCUCCACCUCCAAUUCCUCAAAACCCUCCACCCCGGACUCCGCCCGGGCCGUUUUCUUCAUCUGGCCACACGCCUCACCCUUCCUCUUCGUCUCCAUAGCCACCCACACCGGCCAGGUCGUCGGCGACGAAGGCCGCCAACUCCGCGACCUCGUUCUGCAAGCCAUCCCCGCCGCCUUCUCACGCCCCAAUAGAAGAUACCAACUCGUGCCCACGAAUUUCACAACCAAGAGCCUAUCGGCUCUGCUGGCAUAUCGGGGCCCCGGGAAAACAAAUGCUGCGGGCGGGGGAUUUAGCAUCUUUGCGGAUCACAGUUUUAGCCAGAAUGCGCUGGAUUUCGUGGCCACGGGCAGGCCGGUACCGACAACGUCCUCAGAUAAACCUGCGGAGGGUAAUAGUAAUACCGCGUCCACUCCUGGUGCUCCGAAACGGGGCCCAGGCCGGCCGAGGAGACUGCUCGAUGCAUCGGAGACGGCGGAGUCGAGUAAGAGGCGGAAAAUCGCGCAGGGCCGGUUUGGCAGUUCGGCCAAGGCGGACGAUGGGUUGGGGGUUGAGCGGUUCGAUGUGAGAAUUGAUGAUCCCUUUCCUAAGGUACCACGUGGAACCGCUCAACAGGAGGAUGAGGGAGAAGACGCAGAAGAGCAAGGGGAGGACGAAGACGCAUGGGUCCCCGAUAUACGAAUUAGUUUCCAAGGACCGCACGUCUUUGCUGGUAUCAGGGAAUUGGUGGAGCACGGCGUCAUUGAUGGGGAAAAGAUGCCGGGUUGGAUGACGGGCGAGGCGGGCGUGACAAUUGGGACGGUGAAGAAUGGGCGGAUACGGGCGAAAGGGGCGGUGCCGGGUGUAUGAAAGGGAAGGGAAGAGGAGUGAAGAGAGACGAGAUGCGUAUGGCGUUCUUUGGAUUCAAUACCCCGGUUGUCGCUGGUAUUUCUAUGGUUCUGCGGGUUUACGUCUGGCGUUGGGUCGUGGCGCUUGUACAUCCAGGGCGUUGUUUAUGGGUCAAUCGCGAGGGCCGACGGUCCCUUACAGUUGGGUUUCAGGGGUCCGGAUUCGACCUCUUGUUUUUAGUUCUUUUCGCAUUGGCUUGGCUGUGCGCAGUCUUAACGUACAUCAUGACGUUUCGUAGUCGUAGUUCAGACAUAAAAUUGUUGAAGCCCAGUUACUUAUCCGUCUUUCGGCGACUGCUCCUCCUCAGCCCUUGAGGCGAUGCAUCUGCUCUAGCUUUCCC